CAGGAAGUCCUAGCGGUAGGAGGGACUUCGCACACUGUACUUCCAUGUUGCUUUUGUUGACGAACGCUCCUGAUGUCCUACUUAUGCAUAUAACCAUUAGCGUGUAGCACGAUUUGUAUGGAAACGCCAUCGGCUAACCAACAUAAAACGUCUACGCUUGUUUAGGGAACAUGGCUGACGGCGGAGAUGAUGGAGACGUGGAUGAGCCGCCCAAUAUAGGUUAUCCCUUGGUCACCAUCUCAGAGCUUCCCGGCAGCACAGCCGCAGGUCGCAAUCUGAAAGAAUGGCUGCAGGAGCAGUUCAGCGAUAAUCCGCUGGAACCAUGUGAGGAUAUGCGUCUCCACAACGCUGCUUACGUGGGAGACCUGGACACCCUCAAAUCCCUCCUGCAGGAGGACACUUUCAAAGAUCGGAUCAAUGAGAAAUCGGUGUGGUGCUGCGGCUGGCUGCCCUGCACCCCUCUGCGCAUCGCGGCCACUGCCGGGCACGGGGACUGCGUGGGCUACCUGAUCCAGCAGGGGGCAGAGGUGGACCUGGUGGACGUGAAGGGACAGACUGCGCUUUACGUGGCCGUGGUCAACGGGCACCUGGACUGUGUCAAGAUCCUGCUGGAGGCCGGCGCUAACCCCAACGGCAGCCGGCACCACCGCAGCACACCGGUGUACCACGCAGCCCGGGUGGGCAGGGUGGACAUCCUGCGUGAGCUCAUCAGGUUCAACGCUGAUGUGAAUGUGGACCACCAGCUGAUGCCCAGCCCCCUGUUUGGUGCCCGCACCCUCACCUCCCUGGUGGUGUGCCCGCUCUACAUCAGCGCCGCCUACCACCACCUGCAGUGCUUCCGGCUGCUCCUGCAGGCGGGCGCCAACCCCGAUUACAACUACACGGGCCCCGUGAGCAGCGAGGCCCUGGGCAGGGGCCUGGCCUCCUGCCUGCUGGACGCCGUGCUGAAGCACGGGUGCGAGCCGGCCUUCGUCAGCCUGCUGAUCGGGCACGGGGCCAAGCCCGCCCUGGUGCUCUGGGAGGUGCCGGACCCCGACGCUGCGGGCAGGAUGAGGGUCAACCCGGAGGCCCUGCUCAUCUACCAAGAGGCCAGAAGGAAUCCCCAGAGACUGAGCCACCUGUGUCGCAUCACCAUCCGGAGAGCCCUGGGGAAACAGCGCCUGGCACACAUCCCCUCUCUCCCACUGCCCGAUGCCAUCAAACUCUUCCUGCUACACGAGAGCUGCUGAGGCCACCUGCCUCCUGCCCCCAACUCCUGCCUCCUGCCCCCAGCACCCAGCUCCUGCCGCCAACCUCUAGCUCCUGCCUCCUGCCCCCAGCCCCCAGCUCCUGCCCCCAACCCCCAUCUCCUGCCCCCAGCACCCAGCUCCUGCCCCCAGCUCUCGCCUUGUGUUCCCAUCUCUUGCUUUUAGCCCCCAGCUCCUGCCCCCCCCCCCCCACACACACACACACACUGUUUCUGCUGCUAGGCUGUUAUACCACCCUGUCCAUGUGUUCCAUGCUGUCUGUCUGCAGGGGUGAGUCCAUAUGCUGAAUAAGACCACCCCCAAUAAUGCACUGUUUACACCAGGGGAGUCUAACUGCACUCCUGAACACCGCAGUAUCAGCUGGUUUUCAGGUGCAUUUCAGCGAAGUGAUUCAUUCAGUCACUGAUUGGCUGGAGUCCACAUACCUUGUUCUCAACACCUUAAUUGACUGGUGCUUGAAAGGAAACCACAAAUACCUGCAGACACUGCGGCCCUCCAUGACUGCAGUUUGCCACCCCCGGUUUGCACUAACAGAGAGCCAGACAAACAGGCUAGAGACACUAAGCUGUACAGACAGGCUAUAGCCUAGACACGGCAGGUCUGUGCCUGGGCUGUGCCAUUGACUCGCUAUGACUGUGACUGAUUUCAGAGUGCAAAUCAGUGACUGUGGAAUGGUUUAUAAACAUUUGUCCAACCAAACAAUCCCCUUGGGUUUUGUUGUUUUUUUUUGCCUUUGAAGCCAUUUUGUAAUGACACAUAUUUAACAAAGUAAAGAAGAGCACAACCGGUUUUCUGCCUCAGGACUCCCAUUAUUGAGAAGGGUUUCAAGACGAAUGGGUAAUCUGAAGUUACUCUACAUUAAUAUUAUUAAUGCAUUGUAAUAUUACAAAAUAAAUGUAGCAAACAGUGAUGAUUGCUAUGUGCUCUAUAGGUGGAUGGCUAGAAUUGCUCUUUAGGUGAGUAGACAGCCAGGGAUCUCCUCAAGCAGCUGUGUGUGGCAGUUUGGUUUGUUCUCUGGAUUGCACAUUUACAGUAAACAAUGUCUUCUGCAUUUUUUGGAUCAUUCAAUGAAACCCCCAAGCUCUUUUUCGUUUCUCUGUGUUACUGUGAAAUAUUUUUUUUUAAAUGACUCAUUUUAAAGUGAGUGGGUAGUAAAAAAAAAGACACUGAGUUUUAUGAAUACACCCAAAUUUCUUUAGCAACUGGACAGCAGGACAUUCUGAAACUAAAUAACCUGUCAGAGUUCCCUGCAUAAGAGUUCACCUGUUAGAGUUCUCCUUGUCAGAAUUCUCCCUGUGAGAGUUCCCUCUGUGAGAGUUCCCUGUCAGAAUUCCCUCUGUGAGAGUUCCAUCUGUGAGAGUUCUCCCUGUGAGAUUCCCCUCUGUGAGAGUUCUCCCUGUGAGAGUUCCAUCUGUGAGAGUUAUCCCUGUAAGAGUUCCCUCUGUUAGAGUUCUCCCUGUGAGAGUUCCUUCUAUGAGAGUUCUACCUGUGAGAGUUCUCCCUGUCAGAAUUCCCUCUGUGAGAGUUCUACCUGUGAGAGUUCCAUCUGUGAUAGUCCUCCCUGUCAGAGUUCCUUCUGUGAGAGUUCUUCCUGUCAGAGUUCCCUCUGAGGGAGUUCUCUGUCCCCAAUCAGAGUUCCCCCUGUCAGAGUAGUGGAAAAAGCAUCUAAGUUUGUGUAAGACAUGCAGUCCUUCCUACAGCUUUAUUCAAACUCUCAAUAUUACUUGUAUAGGUGACCUACAGUUUGUGUAUUUUAGUCUCUUUAUCAUUUUCAGUCUGAGUGCUGCUUCUCAGCUUGCUUCCCGUAAAGAUGUUUGUGAAUGUAAUAAACAUGACUUGCUGAAUGCGCAGUGCUGUCUGCAUCAUUUUAGACAACCUGAUACCAGUAGCUUGCUGGGUUUUUCCUGGCGCUCCCCAUCAUUGGGAUAGAGUUAAUUUAAUCAUCCACCUUGCCCUCCCCCCUCCCCCCCAUCCAGCCAACAUGUUGGAUAAAGCAUGGUGUGACCUGCCGCUUCAUUUUGAGUCCUUUUGACCCAGAAACACAUUUUCGGCUUUAUGUAUGGCUGUGAAAAGGGGAAUUUUAGCUUUAUUGUCAUAUUAAUAUCGUAAUAAGCAAGAUAUGGUUAUUUAAUAACUGUCACCAAACUGUGUUUUUGAGGGAAAAAAAGGCUCCAAGGUUCAAAUGUUUCUGUACAAUCAAACCGUUGCGACCUCCGAACUCAAAAUGGUAGAACGCGUUUCCUAAUGAUAAGGAUUAAAAUAAUAUGAACAUUGGCGUCAUCGAUUAAGGAACACAGUGUGAUUUUGUCUGCUUUUGCGUUCUCCCAGCACAAACUUUCACAGCUCUGUUUAGUGGGUGGCAACGCCAGCAAGCCAAGUGUCCUUGCAUGUGUUAGUGCGCUGUUUGCUGUGUUUCUCUCUCUCUCUCUGCUUUUCUCCUAUUAUCAAAGGGCUGCUUUGUGCCACCUAAUAAAUCAUAUUCUAACUGUA